UUUAAGUGAUAUACGUGUAUUGUUGUCGUUUUUUACGUCUGAAUUUAGAUUUUUAUUUAAAGUUCCUCAAAAUGGCGCAUGGUGUCUGCUAUGGGGUGACCACAUGCUCCAGUCCGAGAUAAUGUUGUAUUGCAUAAUCAUGUACAAUCAUGUUGUAUUCAUAUGAAAACGAACUCGUGUAGUUUUAAUUUUAUAUUCCGUUAUGUUUCAGAUUACACGGAAUAUGAAGAUUGCUGCUGAUUAAACUUUGAUAUGUAAUGUGACGAAGGACUUAGCUACAGCUUCGCCUGCCCUAUUACCUUCACACUACAACCUCACGAAAGCAAAAUGGCUACCGCCAUCCAACGCAUCGCGAAGGAUUUGUGCAGUCUGUCGCCUACGAUUUUUCAUCCACUACGACAGAUUCAGAGGCUCUCGCGAAGACUGGGCCCCUCGCCAUACUUUCCUCAUAGUAAUUUUUUCUGCAAAGCGGCAUUACCCCAGAAUGAGGACUCUACCCAGGCUGCUGAGGCUCUAUCCCGCUACAAUGACAGACCCUGGGAUUAUCUGGAGAGUGAAGAGUACAUUGAGAGGUAUGGAGCCAGUCCAGUGUGGGAAGGCUACAGGAGAAACCACAAAGGAGGCAUUCCCCCACAGACGACACGCAAGACCUGCAUUAGAGGAGACAAGAUAUGUGGCAACCCCUGUCCAAUUUGUCGGGAUCCAAACACUGUUAUUCACCAUCAGAAUGUGAAAUUAUUGCAGCAGUUCAUUAGUCCCCAUUCUGGAAUCGUGUAUGAUUCCACUCAAACUGGUUUGUGUAUGAAACAGCAGAAGAAGCUGAAUGAGGCCAUCAGCACAGCACAAGAUCUUGGCUUACUACGCUUUCAGAUUCCAUAUGUGAAAUUUACUGGAGAAGACUUCUACAGUUCUCAUGAUGCUGUGGGGUCCACACCACCUCACCCGUCCAUAAACUCUGGAGACACCUGGUAUAAAUGGUACAGUGAAAUAAUACCUGAUGGGAAAGAAGUGGCUAAAGUGAAGAAGGCAUACAAGGCUUAUUUAAAGUGACGGACACCACUUUAAUUAGCUAUGUUGAAGUCUUAUAGACCAUGUGCAUUUCCAACCUGUUUCAUAUCCCACAAAAAAUUAAACGCAUAAUGAAAA